AUGAAGCUCCUUGCUGUUCUCGCCGCGACUGCGGCUUUGGCUCCCCAUAGCGCCCUUGCUAGAUGGCUUUCGCGGGCCAACACACCCCCCGGAUGUGCCUUCACUCUCAGUUCGUCGGGGUCGUCAGUUUUUCCACCAACAGAACAGAACGAGGGCUUUAAACUGAUUGCUCCCUCGUAUCACGUCGGGGAGGAAUUAGAACCCCCAACCACACAAAUCCAGUGUGAUCAGGGCAAAUCGCCCGUGAGCGGCUUCUCCAUCGAUGCAUCCAACAACCUGCUGUAUCGAGGCUCGCCCGACUUUUGGGCAUGCCCAGCCACGGACACCGAGUACAACAUCUACGUCAAUCCCGAGUUCGGGCAGACUAAGUGUUUCCCUAUUACCCUGAAGGCGAGUGGCUGUGGUCCCGAAGCCCCGACCUGCGCUCCUCCAUCCACGGUAUGGGAGACACAGACGCAGACGGUCACCGUCAUAGUCACCAAUUCCCAGACUUGCUCUGCGGAACCGACCAGCACGGCUUCCACGUCCUUGGACACGGUGUGUCACCACUGCACGAGGAGUAAAUCCUCCACGAGCUCGAGUGACGGCGGAAACUUCACCAUCCUGCCCAUCAGCACGGAAACAACCCCCCCUAUCAGCCCUAGCAGCUCGGAAAUAUUUACUAUCCUGCCGAUAAGCACUGAUGCUGCCCACAGGAAGCGGAGCCCUUCUCUCGAACACGUCAAGAAGGGGCCCGAUGUGGGCGUUGAGCCUCGUAGUUCCCAUCAUCGCCUCUCCAAGCGGGCCCUUUAUGAGGACUGGAACGCAGUCCGCCAGGCCACGGGGAAUGGCGCUCGGGAUACUCCUGAGAUGAAAUGGGUCCGCACGGGACGAGUCCGAGUGUUCCCGCUGGUGCCCGGCCACCGUCGGCCGGCAAGCGCCUCCUCCCUCGCCCCACAUAGCGCAAUUCAGCCGCAACCCGGUUGCGUCGAGUUCGAGGAGCGCGACCGAGCCCGAAUUCCGAGAUGUUCCCGCGCAUCACAAGCCUCCUUACAGACGCCAGCACCACGCUGGCGGACGUGUCUCCGCCGACCUGCCCCAACGAACGCUUUGCCUGGAUCAUGGGCACCGUCACCGAUGACAGUUGGGACAAGGGGCCGGCCCGCCCUCAAGGAGUGGAUGGUCCGAGAGGGCGUCCCGGCCGGAAACCUCCACUACACCGAAUACAGGGGCGGCUCGGGCGAGGUCGACGGUCCGCCCGCGGGGAUAUUUGGCAAGGCUCUCGUCACCGUGACGCCCGAGACGGACCCGGACACGCAAACGCAGCGAUCAGUCCUCCGCGUGUAUAUGACGAGUGACCUGCCCCGGAUAGUGCUGACCUUCGACAAUCAAGAGGGACGACUCGUCCUCAAUCCUAUCAUGGACGUGAGCCGCUCUCCGCGGACGACCGACGGCAACAGGCGGUACGAUGAUGCGCCGACCGAGUAA